AUGGAAGACAUCUACAAAGAGAUUCCCCCAGGAAAGCCUGAAUCUCAUGGACUGGCAGAAAAAGCAUGGAAACCUUUCUUUCAUCGCGAAUCCAGAGAAAUGAAAUCAAUUUCUGGGAUCCAAUCCAGCGGCUUAAAGUUUAAAACAUUCAGUUCUGUGGCAAAGAAAGUUGCAGUGAGCAAACAGAAAGAUAAGACUGUAACUGUUAAUGCUGAUCGUGAGCUUUUUGGUCGCCUUCUGGUUGCUGCGAGGAAAAGAGUUCUUUCUUAUGAACUUUGCAGUGUACCAGUCGCACUUGUACAUCCUGAUGGCAGCCUCAGGAAGACGACAAAAAGCACCCUAAUGCAUGUCCUUGAAAACAAUGUUACGUGUAGAUCAAGCCUGCCUUCAUCACAGCACCCUACAGCAUGUCUAAUUGAUGCGAUGGCUCUCAUUCAGAUGGUUAAAUCAGCAAGGUCUGUGACAUUUAGCCAGUUAUCGCAGAAAUACCAAGACAUUGUCACUAGUAAAUUCCAUCAGAACAGUCACACCAGAGUAGACCUAAUUUUCGACCAAUGUAGGCCUGUCUCAAUUAAGGCAGGGGAACGCAGCAAGAGAGGAGAAUCAAGCUCGUUUGAAAUCAACAUCCACAGUGGAUCCACGCCAGUACCGAAGCAGUGGUCAAAAUAUAUCUCAGACCCAAAGAACAAACAAAACUUAGGCGCCUUUCUCUGUGAGUCGUUAACAAAGAACUUAUCGGCAUAUUUAGGACCUCAGCAGAAGGUCCUCCUAGGUGAAGGAUUCAAGGAUGGAUUAAAAGCAGUGUGUCUAACUAGUGGUUCCGCAGUUGUUGAGCCAAAUCUACGUUCGGAUCAUGAAGAGGCAGAUGCAAGACUUCUGCUUCAUGCCAAACACGCUGCAGCCACUCAUCCACGCAUUGUGAUACAAUCACCAGACACUGAUGUUGCCGUACUUUCAGUAGCACAUUUUUCAGAUUUAAACUGCCAGGAACUGUGGUUAAAAACAGGCGUCAAAGACAGACUGAGAUACCUACCUGUCCAUGAGACUCAGGCUUCCCUGGGGGAAUCUCUUUGUAGAUGUCUUCCAUCGUUCCAUGCACUGACUGCUUGCGACUCUACAAGUGCCUUCUCUGGAAUAGGGAAGAAGAAGGCGUGGAAGUUGACCAGCAGUGGGUUUUUCAUUUUGGCAGAUGGUGGUACGUCAAUGACAUCAAGUUCCAGCAAGGAUGCAAGGCAGCAAGAAACUUUUGAGCACUCAGUGGAUCAGGACACACCUGCUCAAGGAAGUGGUACAUCACUGACAUCAAGUUCCAGCAAGGAUGUCAUGCAACAAGAAACUUUUGAGCAAUCGGUGGAUCAGGACACACCCGCUCAAGGUAAAAGAAAAAUGCCACCUUAUCAGUAUGCAAUUGAAAUCGAAAAUGGCCGAACUGCCUCAGAAAAUGGAAUGGUGACAAAAGGUCAACAAGAUUGGGGAGGAAAUUUGACAGUGGAUAAUCAGCACACUUCUCAGUCCAACCACGAUGGUAGUACAUCAAUGACAUCAAGUUCCAGCAAGGAUCCAAGGCAGCAAGAAACUUUUGAGUACCCAGUGGAUCAGGACACCCCUGCUCAAGGUGUGUAUUUCGGAAUCAUUUAG